AUGACACUAUACGAAGUAGCAGCUCCUCGUGUAGUGAAGACAGCCAAGGAUGUACCAGCAGGCAUCUUAAUUGAACGUUUUGCACAACAGCUAAAGAAAGGUGGCAAGAUGGCAAUACCAGAAUGGGUGGACCAUGUUAAGACAUCUUCAUCCAAAGAGCUUCCACCACAAGAUCCUGACUGGCUUUAUAUUCGUGCUGCUUCAAUAUUAAGGCAUUUGUAUAUUCGUCCAAAUGCAGGAGUGGGUGCUUUAUCUAAGUUUUAUGGUAGGAAACAGCGUAAUGGAACUUCAAGAAAUCACUCUAGCACUGCAUCUCGUGGAUUGAUCCGUUAUUGCCUACUUCAACUCCAAGGUAUGGGUUUAGUUGAGUUUAAUCCAAAUACUGGAACACGUAGACUAAGUGCCCAAGGUCAGAGAGAGUUAGAUUCUAUUGCAACUCAGUGCAGAUCUUCUAUGUAG